AUGUCUAAUCCACUGGUCCACCAUCAGAUGUACCACUUUUUCCACCAUCUCUGUUCCACUGUUCUACCAUCAGAUGUUCCACUUUUCCACCAUCACAUCUUUCAGUGUUCCACCGUCAAAGGCUGUGUUGUUCCACCAUCAGAUGUUCCACUGUUCCACUGUUCCACCAUUAGAUGUUUUACUGUUGCGCCACGAGAGGUUCUACUGUUCCACCAUUAGAUGAUCCACUGUUCCACUAUCAGAUGUUCGACUUUUCCACCAUCAGGUGUUCCACUGUUCCACGAUUAGAUUUUCCACUGUUCCACCAUCAGAGGUUCUACUGUUCCACCAUCAGAUUUUCCACUUUUCCACCUUCUCUGUUUAACUGUUCCACCAUCAGAUGUACCAGUGUGCCACCAUCUUUGUUCCACUGUUCCACCAUUAGACGUUCCAGUGUUCCACCAUCAAAUGUCGUGCUGCUCGACCAUCAGAAUGCUACACUGUUCUACUGUCAGAUGUUCCACUGUUCCACCAUCAGGUAUUCCAGUGGUCCACCAUUAGAUUUUCCACUGUUCCACCAUCAGAGGUUCUACUGUUCCACCAUCAGAUGUUCCACUGUUCCAACAUCUCUGUUUAAUAUUUAUUUAAAAUAAUAUUUAUUGCUUAUAGCGCGCAAAUUAAGGUUCGAAUAUGAUCAAAUGCGCGUUACAUCUAAGAUACCUAGAAACUAUAAACAAAAGCAAAAGAAAACUAUUCCACCAUCUCUGUUACACUGUUCCACCAUCAGAUGUUCUACCAUCAGAUGAUCCACUGUUCCACUGUUCCACCAUCAGGUAUUCCACUGUUCCACCAUUAGAUGUUCCAUUGUUCCACAUUCUACCAUCUCUGUUGCACUGUUCUACCACCAGAUGUACCAUUGUUCCACCAUCUCUGUUCCACUGUUUCACCAUCAGAUCUUUCAGUGUUCCACCAUCAAAUGUUGUGCUUUUCCACCAUCAGGUGUUCCACUCUUUUACUCUUCCACCAUAAGAUGUCUUAUGUUGCACCAUCAGAGGUUCAACUGUUCCACCAUCAGAUGCUCUACUGUUCCAUCAUCCCUAUUCCACUGUUCUACUAUCAGAUGUUACACUGUUCCACUAUCAGAGGUUCUAGUGUUCCACGAUCAGAUGUUCGACUGUUCCACCAUCACUGUUCCACUGUUCCACCACCAGAUGUUCCACUGUUCCACUAUCAGAUGUUAGACUGUUCCACCGUCUCUCUUCCACUGUUUCACCAUCAGAUGUUCGGCUGUUGAAGCACCAGAUGUUCCACUUUCCACCACCAGAUGUUUCACUUUUCCACCACCACAUGUUCCACUGUUCUACCGUCACAUGUGCUACUGUUCCACUGUUCCACCAUACGAUGUUAUACUGUUCCACCAUGAGAGGUUCUACUGUUCCAUCAUUCGUGUUCCACUGUUCCACUAUCAGAUGUUACGCUGUUUCAUCAUCAGAUGUUUUACUGUUCCACCAACAGAUGUUCCACUGUUCCACCAUUAGAUGUUCCACUGUUCCACCAUCAGAUGUUCCACUGUUCAACCAUCAGCUUUUCCACUGUCUCACCAUUAGGUAUUCCACUGUUCCACCAUUUGAUGUUCCACUGUUACCAUCAGAUAUUAUCUGUUCCACCGUCACAUGUUCCACUGUUCCACCAUCUCUGUUCCAGCUUUCCACUAUCAGAUGUUCCACUGUUCCAACAUCAG